GGGGUCCUAUGCUUCCAUAAUUCAUCCAAAACCGUGCUGGCCCUUUUCUGAAUGCAAAAGUGCAUCUGUUUUUCUGGAAGCUCCCUCCUCCUGCAAGAUGGGCACCGUGGUGACAUCAUUAGUUCCUCCCUGCCAUAGAGGGGGCUUCACACACACACACACACAUACACACACACCUCUCUCUCCUUGCCAUCACUUGCCAUUUGUCAGCUGCUCUUUCCAUUCACAAUGGGCGAGACCCUCAAGUGAACAAGUGAAGACGCAACAUGGCGACCUUCCUGGCGGCACAGAAUGCCCACUCGGUCCUCAAGCGCUUCCCUCGUGCCAACGGCUUCCUGGAGGAGUUCUGGCAGGGCACCAUCGAGCGGGAGUGUGUGGAGGAGAUCUGCAGCUAUGAGGAGGUGAAGGAGGUGUUUGAGAACAAGGAGAAGACGAUGGAGUUCUGGAAAGGGUAUGCCUUCUCAGUCAAGGAUCCCGCAGAUGGGACGGGGCGCUCGGACGCCAUGUACGUGGUGGUGCCGCUGCUGGGCAUCGCCCUGCUGAUCGUGAUCGCCCUCUUCAUCAUCUGGAGGUGCCAGCUGCAGAAAGCCACACGCCACCGCCCCUCGUACGCCCAGAACCGCUACUUGGCCAGCCGGGCGGGCCGCAGCCUGCCCCGGGUGAUGGUGUACCGCGAGGCCUUGCACAGUCAACACGAGACCCACGGCCAGCGGGACCCAAACAGCAGGGCUGCUGGCGAUGGCCGGUGGGGCCCAGGGCCUUCCAGCCAGCCGGACCACACCCUUCGCCCCUCAGUCCACCGUUCGGCUCCGGCUCUGCCCAGACUGUCCAGUGCCACGCCGCCCCCGUCCUACGAGGAGGUGACGGGGCACCCCGAGAGCAGCAGCAGCAGCAGCGGGGAGGAAGGCAGCUUGUCGUACAGCGACCCACCGCCCAAGUACGAGGAGAUCGUGGCCGCCGUUUCCGCCCCUGGGAAAUAGCCAUGCUGGGGGCUGCUCUUCCAGUUCCUCUCGGCCAGACGAUGCUGUCACAGAGAAGCCUUACCCUGCACGCUUGCCAAAACCUCCAGGGGUCGUGGCUUCCGUGGACAGCUUUCCCUUCCCCAGCAGAAGGUGAGGCGGAGAAGAUCGAGGCGCCCAAUCCAGAGAGCGCCCGCCCCCACCCCAUCUCCCAGAGGACAUUGUGGGGAGCCAUGGCCAAGCGGGACGCCCGGUGCUCCUUCGGGCGCCACUCUCUCCUGGGGAAGCAUUUCCAGUGUUUCUGCUGCUUGCCAGGAGGCGCCCCUCUUCCCACGUGCUCUAUGAGGGGGGCAGCGCACGUUGGAUUUCCAGCAGGGGGCGUGGCACCCCCUGGCCUUUGCACCUGCUUCUGGUGAGGUUUCACCUAGACCCACCCACUGGUGCCGAUGGUGCUUGGGAGUCUAUGGACUGAGGGCCUGGCAUCUGGGUCCCAAUAAGCUUUCGGAUUGGUCGUGUGUGUGUGUGUGUGUGUGUGUGUGUGUUUUGUGGGGACUUGUGCUGGCCAUGGCCAAGUCCUGAUCGCUCCUUCCGCCUGUAUUGUGCUUGCCCCCCUCCCCUCGCUCAGUCCAGCUUUGUGCAACAAAAGGGCACUGGCUGGUGGGGGAAAGAAAGGGUCCCCCGCCCCGCCCGGUGAAUGCUUCCUCUCUUCUGCUCCUCCCACAUGCCUGCCCAGCCCUCAGCUCCUUCCAUGGCUCCAAAGAAAGCUGCUAGUCUCUUGGAAGUAACCCAAAGUGCACCUCUCUCUCUGUGCCCCCUGCCUCUUUGUCUUGACAGUUGCUGCUACUUUCUGACUUGUCUGCCCGUCAGCCUCACACUGGAAUGGGGGUGGGUGAGUGGGCUUUCCCCUCUCGCUCCCAGCCUGCCGGGUGUGGCCAGGCACUCUCGGGUCUGGAUCCUUCCCCGCCAUGCCCUCCUCCCUGCCAGGCACCAGCCCCACUUCCCACCUGGAUUGUUUGACUUGUCUGCGGGAUGGGGGCAGACUCCAGCUUCCCUGCUCAGGAGGAAAGGCCAAAGCAGCCGGGGUUGGUAUCGGCCCCAAGAGAGGCUUCUGCAGCUGGAACCCUUCCCCGGCGGGCCUUUUGCUGUUCAUCCCCCCCCCCCCGGGUGUUUGUGAACUGCCCCCUUCUGUCCUCCUUGCCUUCCGGCCUCCCAGCCCUUGUGUCUUGUCUCUUGCUUCGUACUCGCUGCCAUCUUGGCUGCUUUCUGUGCAGCCGAUGCCUGUAUCUUUCCACACAACGUAGUGGCCACAACUAGGCACAGCCCCCCAGGAAGGCCUGCCCGGGGAGGGGUGGCCUCCUUCUGCUUCCCCUAUCCAAGGCUUCCUUUACUGUGGUAGAGAAGAACGCCACUGCUGGCUCAGGUUGUGAGCAAGGGUGUGUCCUCCCGCCCACCACACAAGGGCGCGCAUGUCCACGCACACGCACGCACACACCCCUCCCACCUCUCUCCCUCAAUGGUGCUAAGGAUCACCCCAGGGAUCACCCCUCGCGUGUUAAGUGUGCUUUAUCGUCGUCGUACAUUUUGUUGAAGCCAAAACAAACUUUGUUCAUUGAAAAAGUAGAUUUAUGUUCUACGUGGUUGCCAGCCGCGCAUCCUAAAACGAAUACAAACCACUCAACAAAGAAUGAAAAGCGGCCUUUUUCCUCUCUUCCUUUUUUUGAAGACGGGUGGUCAAAAUGUAAACAAGAACAGAGGGAGAAAUAGAAGAGCAGCUGCUGCCUGCCCACCGCCAAGAAUUUUGCCAAACCCUGAGAAAAAGGGGGUGCCGGGGAUGUGGGGCAACACUGCAAAGGACCCCCCCCCCGUAGGUGGCCUAGCUGGCCUGAUAAGAAUGGUCCCCUACAGUGGUCAACAGGACCCUGUGCUGAGAUGGUCACUUUGGGCUGCUUCAGGGGAUACUCCGACUGGCCUGUGUCAAUACUUGGGGAGGAGAGUGGACAUGCACAUCUGUCCCCCCCAUCCCACCCCAGUGUGCUGUCAUCUAAUCACGGUGGGUGGGGUGUGUCUGCUUGUCCAAACCGCUGCUCUUCACACCAUUCAGAAAUGCUGCUUUAUUUGGGAUGCAGUCCCCCUCCCCUGCGCAAGGCCUG